AUGAGUGUUCAAAACACUCCUGAAAUUUUAAUCCCCUUAACCUAUUCGCCAAUCAUUAUGUAUAUUUUUCGUGGACAAAGUGCAGUUAGGCAAUGCAGACAUAUUGUGGGGAUAAUUGUGAGAUACUUUGCUACUGGAAAAAAAGAAAUGCACCAAACCGUUGUUUCAGAUUGUGAGAUACUUUGCUACUGGAAAAAAGAAAUGUACCAAACUGUUGUUUCAGAUUGUAAAGAUAAUUGUGAGAUAUUUUGCUAUUGGAAAAAAGAAAUGCACCAAACUGUUGUUAUUUCAGAUUGUGGAGAUAAUUGUGAGAUACUUUGCUACUGGAAAAAAGAAAUGUACCAAACUGUUAUUUCAGAUUGUGAAGAUACUUUGCUACUGGUACAAAGAGAGCCGUUGCAUCGAGUUGUAUUUGCUUGUAUUGGCUUGCAAAUUCUUCACCAGAAGCGACUUCUUUGUCAACUUUUGAAAAUUAAUAAAACAAAGACAUGCGACGAGUCGCCAAGUGAAGAAGAAGACAAUUGA